AUUAAAAAAAAAAAACUCGCAACUUUGUUUUCUCUCUCCCCGGAACUAGAGAGAGAGAAAAUUCAUUCCACCACCAUUCACACACAGUUACAGUUAGCAGAUUCUAGAGAGAGAAAGAAGAAGAAUAACGUAACAGAGACUUCAACGAACAAUGAAGAGUUUUAGGGUUUUGUGACCGAACAAAGACGGUGAUUGACUUCAAUGGAAAUGCCUGCGAGAAGAUCCAAUUACUCGGUUCUAAGUCAAGUUCCCGACGAUCAAUUUUCAUACGCUGCCGGAACUAGUGCUCCGUCGUUAUCCAGCGACGGAAAACCUAGCAGAGGCGGUAAAUUAGAUAGAAGUUUCGAUUGGGAUUUACUCGGCGAUCAUAGGUCGGUUCAACAAGGGAACAAUCGGAUCGGGAAUUUGUACUCGUCGAUCGGGUUACAGAGACAGUCAAGCGGGAGUAGUUAUGGUGAAAGUUCUUUGUCCGGUGGUGGUGAGUAUUAUGCUCAGACGUUGUCGACGGCGGCGGCUAGUGAUAUUGAUGCGUUUGGAUAUUUGCAUGAUGAUGGAUUCAAGGUUGGUGAUGUGAGGAGUAAAUUGUCUGAAGGUCCACCGUGGACUGGUGGAUCGUCUGGGAAGAGCUGGGCUCAGCAGACGGAGGAGAGUUAUCAGUUGCAGUGGGCGUUGGCGCUUCGGCUUUCUUCGGAUGCUACUUGUGCUGAUGAUCCGAAUUUUCUGGAUCCGGUACCUGAUGAAGCGGCUUCGAGGCUUUCGUCUUCGCCUGAGGCUGUUUCUCAUAGAUUUUGGGUGAAUGGCUGCCUAUCAUACUCCGACAAAAUUCCUGAUGGUUUUUACCUAAUUCAUGGGAUGGAUUCAUAUGUCUGGACUGUGUGCACUGAUCUGCAGGAAAACAGCCGAAUCCCAUCAGUUGAUAGUCUAAAGUCUGUACAUCCCCGCAUUGAUUCUUCCCUUGAAGUAGUUUUGGUGGAUCGACGUAGCGAUGCCAGCUUGAGAGAACUGCAAAACAUGGUUCAUAACAUUUCUUGUAGCAGCAUAACAACAACAGAGGUUGUGGAUCAGCUGUCCAAGCUGGUUUGCAACUGUAUGGGGGGUUCAGCUUCUGCUGGGGAGGGCGAGCUUCUUUCUUUCUGGAAGGAUUGCAGUAAUAAUCUGAAAGAUUGCUUAGGAUCUGUUGUUUUCCCCAUAGGCAGUCUAUCUGUUGGCCUUUGCAGGCACCGUGCCAUACUAUUCAAAGUACUAGCUGAUGCCAUUGAUUUACCAUGUCGAAUUGCAAAUGGCUGUAAAUAUUGCAAAAGAGAUGAUGCUUCUUCUUGUCUUGUUCGAUUUGGGCUUGAGAGGGAAUAUCUUGUUGAUUUAAUUGGGAAGCCAGGACACUUAUGCGAGCCUGAUUCCUUGCUCAACGGUCCAGCUUCCAUCUCAUUUUGUUCACCCUUGCGCUUUCCAAGACUUAAACCAGCUGAAACUCCAAUUGAUUUCAGGUCGCUUGCCAAACAGUAUUUCUCAGACUGUCUGUCUCUUGAGCUUUUCUUCGACAACAGUUCUGCAGAACAGUUCGAUGCGAAAUGCAAUGAAAGGAAUAACCUUAGGCCGAUUUCAACUGACAGUAACAGAAGCUCUCAGCUUCCUUUGUAUCCACAAGUUUCUCUUCUGAGCAUUCAUGAUCAAGCUUCUGAAACAUAUAUGUCAUGUAACCCCCCUCAGAACAUUACAGACUCAACAAAUGUGGGCAAGUAUCCACCCCCUUUAAAGCACAAGCGUCCUGUUGCUAUUGCCAAUGAUGAAAUCAUUGAGGGUAGGAGGUUUAUUGAAGCAAGUCAACUGAUUCCUAGCAAGCCUACUCGAGAUAUUGCCUUUGACAUGGAGGAUUUGGCCAUACCAUGGAACGAUCUUGUUUUAAAAGAAAAAAUAGGAUCAGGUUCUUUUGGAACUGUACAUCGUGCUGAGUGGAAUGGCUCGGAUGUUGCUGUGAAAAUUUUGAUGGAGCAAGAUUUUCAUGCUGAACGCUUCAAGGAAUUCAUGCGGGAGGUUGCAAUAAUGAAACAUUUGCGGCAUCCAAACAUUGUUUUAUUAAUGGGGGCAGUCACACAACCUCCUAACUUAUCAAUUGUCACCGAAUAUUUAUCAAGGGGUAGCUUAUAUAGGCUGUUACAUAGACCUGGUGCCAAGGAAGUGUUGGAUGAGAGGCGUAGGCUUAGUAUGGCUUAUGAUGUGGCAAAGGGAAUGAAUUAUCUUCACAAACGUAACCCCCCCAUUGUUCAUAGAGAUCUGAAAUCUCCAAACCUUCUUGUUGACAAGAAAUACACAGUGAAGGUUUGUGAUUUUGGGCUUUCCCGCUUAAAGGCCAAUACAUUUCUCUCUUCCAAGUCAGCUGCUGGGACUCCUGAGUGGAUGGCUCCAGAAGUUCUUCGCGACGAGCCAUCAAAUGAGAAGUCUGAUAUUUACAGCUUUGGAGUAAUCAUGUGGGAGCUUGCAACAUUGCAACAGCCGUGGGGUAAUUUGAACCCGGCACAGGUUGUUGCUGCUGUAGGCUUCAAGGGAAAAAGACUUGAGAUCCCGCGCGAGUUGAAUCCCCAAAUAGCUGCAAUAAUUGAGGCUUGCUGGGCCAAUGAGCCUUGGAAACGCCCUUCUUUCGCCAGUAUUAUGGAUUCUCUGAGGUCAUUACUCAAACCCCCUACACCUCAACCUGGUCUUCCAAACAUACCAAGUCUCACCUGAUGGUUGGAACGCCGAGUUCUUCAUGCACAUACACAGGAUUUUAUUGGUUUUGAUGUCUAACAGGAUUACACCGUUUUAAGUGGUCAUAGAAUUUGAUGGAGCUGUCCAACGUUUGAUGUUCUAAAAUGCAAUGUUAAUGCAAGCUUUAAUCAAACCUCCAAUACCACAAGUUUAGGCUAAUGCAUUAGGGACAUGGAUGGAAGAUUUGUGACAACAUAUUCAGAUUGGGACCAUUCGGUGGUGAAUUACAUGAAGGGGAAGCAACUACACUGUAAUGCGAUGCAAUGACUGCAAUUUGUAGUGUUUGAAAGAGGCUUUAAAAUCUUUAUUGAGUUUAGUGAAAUUCUAUCAAAUAUUAUUAGGGAGCUUUUACUUUCUAACUAUUUAUUCGUCGUCAAACUAAUAUGACUUAACUAAAACAGUAAUUUCUUAUGUUAAAGGACAAGUUCAUGAUUGUGUUCCUCUUUGUAUUUAUCAUUUUUAAUACAAUAGAUAAUAUAAUUUAAGGGAUUUGCUAAA